AGAAUGUACCUACUAUGUAGUAACUCCCUUUACAUAUUUAAAGGCCGAACCCUUAUCCUCAAAAUACGACAAAGCUUUCAAAAAAUGGCUCAAAGAAAAGAGAAGGUUAUUAGUAGAAGUUCAGAAAUGCUAUCUAGACAACGACACAAUUCACGAAUUGGGGCAAAUUGAUAGCCUAAGAAAAAAUUAUGAAGACAAAAUUAUUCAGGCUAAAAAGCUGAUUGGGAGAUGUGUUGAAAGUAAUGAGGGAAGAAUAACAAGCAGUUUAGGUAGGGAUUGGGCUGUUAGGGCGCG